AUGAAAAUUAUACAGCAGGAUAAAAUUCCUCCUUCUGAUUCUUUCUGGAAGGACACCAAAGUCGAAGGACUCGUUAAAAAUUAUCAAAGAGAAUGUCAGGAUGAUAACAACGUAUUGUCUUGCAUGAAAUACAAAAUUUUAAAUUUUUUAGAUCAGGUUUUAAAUUUGGAAUCCAUACGUCAGGUGUCAGAAAAUGUCGACGACGUGUUAAAUAAUCAACAACAAAUUCAAUAUGGCCGAUCGGAUAAAUCUGACAUGGAUGUUUUGGAUCAAUUGACGGAUUAUAUAAAAUCUCACGAAGACGUUGUUGCCACACUUCCGGGUGAUUAUUUACAAGGUACGACGUUGACCAUGUCACCGAGAAACAUCGACGAUAACGAAAUUAAUUUCAGUCUUAAAUUCGGCGAUGAAAAAAGAGAGGGAAAAUCAAACGAACCGGAAGAAGAAGGUAGGAAACACAAGUUGAAAAAAGUCAUAGUUCCCGUAUUGGUUUUCGUACUAUUGAAAGCCAUGACGUUGGUACCACUGGCACUCGGUGUCCUCGGUAUCAAAGCCUGGAACGCUCUCCAACUCAGUUUCUUCUCCUUCGUCAUAUCUUUGGCUUUGGCCGUUUUUCAACUUUGUAAAAAACUCGCUUCCGAUCAUGGUUCCGGACACGUUCUCGCACACGGUCCGUGGGACAGUUAUCAGGCAGCACAUUAUGCCGCACGAUCCUUAUCGUCGACGGAUGCUCAAAACAUGGCGUACAACGCACACUCUCAAUCUUAG